AGUAAUUGAGAGUUGGUAAUGGCACCCAACUACACUGUUCCAGAGCGCAUUCUACGUCUGAAAAAGUAUUAUGUUGAAGGGAUACAUAAUUCUUUGUUCCUUUCUUUUUCGAAGUACGCAACAGUUUUCACACCUCGAAUGGAAAGAUAGGAGACGCGUUGACUCAAGAGGUGCACUGAGGGCAUCAGACACUUCUUCUUCGAAUGGGGGUGACGAUAAUUCUGUUCUGCAGGCAAGACGCCUGUCUCUUGGACGAAUAUUCAAUGGCGAGCGAGAAUACUUGUUCAACACCAAGAAAAACGUUCGCUCUUACGAAUGGACUGAAAAGGAGGCGGAGGACUUGUUCGAGAGCAUUAAUGAUAUCGACGAAAAGAAUCCUCUGAAUAAUUUCCUCGACUUGAACUUGAUGCUACUCAUGCAGAGUGAUACGCCAGAUGAUAUACUAGUCGAAAAGGGAGGGGACAUUGGAAGGAAUAGCGUAGUUUAUGACGUCUAUGAUGGACAACAGCGGUUGGUGACCUUGAACUUGCUGCUGGCUGCCAUUCGGGAUGCUUUGCUCAAUAAUUUUCCCGAUUCUCCGAGAAGUGUGGCUAUUGCGAAACAAGUGGCAAAUAUGAUAUUUCCCCAAGAUCCAUUGUUUGCUCCMGUCUGCAGAAUCAAAGUGCGCGAGAGGAAUGGUAAUAAAUGGCUGGAUUUGAUAUCUAGCGGAGCAAACGAAGAAGAGGAUGUGAUUAAUCUCCUUCCAAAGGAAAGGGCGUGGGGAAGGCUUGGUGUUCCCAAACCGGACCAAAAAAUUAUUUGCAUUUACAACUAUUUUCGAAGAAGACUUGACGAACUUAGCGAGAACCAAAUUCGUCAGCUCAUAAUACAUAUCUCAUCAGAUGUAUAUGUACUAAUGAGUAUUACUUCCGACAUCAACGUUGCUCGAAAUUUUGUCAUGAGUCAAGGCAAAGGGAAGAGCAUCGAACCCGUGGAUUGGUACAAGGGGACAGUAAGUUUUUUAAACGAGAACGAAAGUGUUCAAGAGACUACAAUGGAGAGCUGGGAGGAGCUUUGCGAAGAUAUAGGUCGUGACACGCUACAAGAUGCGUGUGUUCUUUUGGCACAACAACGCCAAGGCACCAAGAUAAAGAAGAACGAAGAAAUCUCUAUUGUUGAACAGACCUUUCGAGAUACUAUAUCUAGUAUCGGUGCUGAAACUUCCGACAAAGGAGAGGCUCUAUUUAAAUAUAAUAUCACACCUGCAGCCAGGGCCCUCAAUGAUUUUCGAGAAGGAAUUUUCAAACUACAUGAGACAGAUGAUAUGGAACCACCAAGCCUUAGCUUUCUACGCGCUACUGCUAAAAUCGCAACCUGCAAAGAGAUUGAAAUGGUUUUACUCGACAUCGUCAGCAAAUGUAAUGCAAAGGCCAUCGACAAAAGCGCUGUGCCAAAGAUAUUGAAGAACGUCGAGACAAUCGCUCUCUGGAUGAUGGUUACCAAGCCAAAACCGAAGGAUCGGUUUGGACGCUGUUUGAGUAUCAUCGAGGACCAGGGCAACGCCUCUCUCUCAUAUGAUGAAAGGUCUUCGGUUGUUGAAGGCCUACACAAUUUUGAGUUUGGAAAACCGGCGGAACGAAAGAAGGCAGCGGCGAUACUAGCACGUCUCAACGAGUAUGUACUCUUUAAAAACUCUCAAAGCAGGCUUGAACCUACGAAUGCGGGUAGGCACAUCGAGCACGUUUUGCCCCAGCACCAUAAAAAUUUGAAUUCAUGGAACGAGACAUGGGAUCCCACAGAUGCAUCAACAUGGAAAGACAGGCUUGGAAAUCUGGCACUCCUCAAUAGGAAUACGAACAGCAAGAUCGGAAACGGUAGUUUCGAAACAAAGAAAGAGCAUCUCAUCGACUCGCCGUAUCCUCUGACGAAGGACAUCGCCAAAUCACAAACGUGGGACGUACACGCCGUAAGGCGAAACCACGAUAUGUGCAUUGACCUCGCUAGAAAGGUCUGGAAGUUGUGAACGGACCCAAAAAUGCGGGCCGGUAUCACUCUGGUAACCAAGAGUCUUCCUAGCUACUAGACUCAAGCAAACGAGGCCGUAGCUUGGAGCGCACCAACGGUCGAUUGACAAUUUCUUUGUUGGCAAAUCCUACAUGAAUUAAUAAAGCACGUAACUUAUA